AUGUCUUCACUCUUACCCGGUCACCUUCUCCUCCUUGUAGCAGAGCAUGCAGACUUUGCCCAGAUACAGGCUCUCCGAGCAACCUGCAAGAGCAACCGGGCCCUGCUGGACAGCUACCAGCACACCGUAACAAGGCUCAACGCCGCCCGCUACCCCUGCGCACCAUGUAACCACAUCCUCGCCUCCGACACCCGCGAGCGAGAGGUGCUGCCAAAAGACACCUUUGAUACCAUCCGAGAGCUAGAGACUCGGCACCGGCACAUUGAGGAGAUUAUCCACGGCGCAUACCUAGCCUUCUGGGAAGAGUACGGGCUCCAGGAUGCGACAAAAGCAGACACGAUCCGCUCAAAUCUAAAGAGAGCACUCUGGCAAUGCUCGACAAUCGCCGACUUGGAGACACACUCAAUACGGUACAGGGACGACAUCAUACCCCGCCGCGACCCCUGCGUCAAGUCUCUGAUCCAUCAAGAGAUCAUCCUCCACGACGCCCCGCCCCCCGACGGCUGGCACCUGGCCCUCAGGGAAGUCCACGAGUCCAACCGCCAGGACGUGCGGUUCCGCCAAAUCGCCCACGUCCGCGGCCUCCCCGUCGACGAGCUCGCGGGCAUAGUAGUCCUCGCGCACCUCGCUAGUCAAGGGUACCGAAGAGACAGGGCGCCCACGACCAACGGGCUAGGCCGGCCCGAGAUUAUCGAGAUGGGCGUCUGCAUGGCGGAGAACACGAUCCGGCACGGCGUGUUUUUCUUGUAUAGUAAAGUAGCGGGCGACGAGGACGGGCGGCACCACGCGAGGUUGCUGUUGGACGAUACCUUUGACGAGAUGCGAAGGUGGGAGGCCGGGGAUCCUAGUGUGCUUCCUGGGUUGACGAUGAGCGUUGCGUCUACGUUUUGUGAGAUGGUGGGUUGUGAGCAUCGGGAUAUGUUGGAUGCUGCGUGUACGUUGUUGAGGGGGGAUGUGUGGCGUCCGGCGGAGGAGGGGGAGGACGAGGUUGAGGCUGAGGGUGAGAGGGAGAAGCCUUCUGGGGAGGAGGUUGAGCAGGAUGGUGGAAGAAGGCUGUGGAAAUGA